AUGUCGACAGUCAAUACACAAAAGACCAUGUUGAUCUUUGGCGCCACCGGCAAGCAAGGCGGUGCUGUGAUUGACAACAUUCUCUCAAACUCGCCUGACUCCUCCUUCAAUAUCAUCGCAGUCACCCGCGACACUAGCAGCCGCAAAGCUCAGGCUCUUGCGGCCAAUCCCAAGAUAUCUAUCGUUGAGGGGGACUUGGACAAUGUCAGAGCAAUCUUCGCAAAGGCUGGCCCAGUAUGGGGCGUCUACAGCGUCCAGAUUAAUUCCGACGCAGAAGAACAGCAAGGCAAAGCUGUCAUCAAUGCCGCUGUACAGCAUGGCGUCCAGCACUUUGUCUACUCCUCCGGAGACCGUGGAGGACCUGAGCGAUCCCCCAAUAACCCAACCUACGUCAAGAACUUUGCUGCCAAGUACGCCAUUGAAAAACAUCUCGAACAGCAGGCGCGCGACAGCGUACAGCAGAUGACAUACACUAUUCUGCGACCAGUGACUUUUUUCGAGAACAUUACGACUUAUAUCCACGGAAAAGGGUUCGCACGUAUGUGGGAGCAGAUGGGAAGUAAGAAGCUUCAGAUGGUGUCGACUAAAGACAUUGGCUGGUUUGCGGCUCAGAGUCUCAUCUGGCCGGAGAUGUACAAGAAUAUGGCGUUGACGCUCGUGGGUGAUGAGCUCACACAGCGUGAGGCGGAUGCUAUCUACUAUGAAGUCAUUGGUCAGAGGAUGGCUCUGGCGCCUUGUCCUGUUGCGAGCGCUGUCAAGUUUAUGUUGAAGGGGUCUGUCGGUGAUUUGUUCAAGUGGUUUGCUGAUGAGGGUUAUGGUGGGGAUGUACAAGAGUGUCGUACUUAUAAUCCCGGGAUGCAAGAUUUUAGGACCUGGUUGGAAGAGAACAAGAGGAAUUUUGAGAAGAAUAGUUCUUAG